UUUAUUCGAUCUACCAUAACUAUACUAUUUCUAUUUGAAGUUUGUGUCUCAAAGAAUUCCUCUACAUAACACAGUCAAGAGAAAUGAGAGGGCUGACGUUAAUAUGUAAUAACUCGGCUUCAUGUUAUUGUCUCCUUACAGCUGAACCUGUGUGGCACUAUGCGUCUACGACAAGUUACGAAGCUGGAAACCGUUAUUAUGGAAGAUAUAGCGAUAAUCAACUUGCCCAAGACGCCAUGAAUGUAACCCUGUUUCACUGGGGCAUCCACGGCUGGAUAGUGUACGUUGUUGUUGGUCUUCUCCUCGCCUUUGUGGGUUACAGAAAAGGCCUUCCCAUGACCAUGCGCACUUGUUUCUAUCCUCUCAUUGGCGAAAAGAUCUAUGGUUGGAUGGGAGAUGCCGUAGACAUCCUUUCGGUGGUAUGUACAAUGUUUGGCGUUUGUACCAGUCUGGGUAUCGGUGUUAUUCAGAUGAACACCGGCUUUAACCGCAUUUUCAAGAUUGACGUCACAGUCACUAAUCAAAUCAUCAUCAUUUGGUGCGUCACUGCAUGUGCUACAGCCUCAGUGAUCAGCGGCCUGAAGGUUGGAAUCCGUCGCCUGAGUGAAAUCUGUUUCACCCUCGGGAUGUUCCUGAUGAUGAUUGCUUUCUUUUCCGACAACACUUGGCACAUACUCAACGUUUACGUUCAAAGCAUUGGCUACUACCUGCAGUGGAUUGUGCAACUUGGCUUUCAUACAGACGCGUUUGCACAACUUGGUAAUGCACCGGACGGGAAGGAAGCCCAAUCAUGGAUGAACGAUUGGACCAUCUUCUACUGGGGAUGGUGGAUCGCCUGGUCCCCUUUUGUUGGUAUGUUCAUUGCCAAGAUUUCAAAGGGAAGAACCAUCAGGCAGUUUAUCAAUGGUACAAUGACGGCGCCUAUAAUAUAUUCGUUCCUGUGGUUCUGCAUUUUUGGUACCGCGGGUUUAAAGAUGGAACGAGAGGCUACGUUGGCCAACAUCACCUGUAAUUCUACGCUCGGAGGAAAGGGUAGUACGAAGGCUUUGAAUGGCAUGUUCCGCCUCUCGUGCCGACAAACAAACGACAUGUGGUUUGAUGUGAUGGGCCAGUAUGGUGACCUGGGAAUGUUCCUUUCAGUGGUUUCACUGGUUAGCAUUAUCCUUUACUUUGUGACCAGUUCCGACAGUGGCUCCCUAGUCAUCGACUGCCUCUCUGCCAACGGCGAUCCUGAACCACCCGUCAUUCAGCGCAUCUUUUGGGCGUUAACAGAAGGUGCCUGUGCAACGGCUCUGCUUUAUUCGGGAGGUACUAACGCUUUGAAAGCUCUGCAGGCAAUGUCCAUAUCGGCUGGCGUCCCUUACACUGUCCUGUUGUGCUUUAUGUGUGUGUCUUUAUGGAGAGCAGUUAAAAUGGAUGCUGGUGAUCUUGACCCUCACGGCCCCCAGUUUACUACAGGCCUCUUAGACGUGCUUAGCAAUCCCACUCUGUCAAGCGUUGGAAAAGUUCUUCUUGCAGUCGUGGCACCAUGGUAUCCACUUAGUAAAGCCGCAGCAAAGAUCGGCGGACCAAACGACCGCAAAUGGCUGUAUAUGUUGGUUCUUGCAAUUCCUUUUUAUCUCUGGAUUGUUUUCAUGGCCUUCGAACCCAUCGUUGAGGGCAUAUCAUACGUUGGUUGGACAGUACUAUGCGGAUUCUUCGCCUAUGCGACCUCUAUCCGUAACUCCAUACGAGAGAAGUAUGGUAUCUAUGGCAACAUGGCUGAAGAUUUCUUUGCAGUGAUGUUAACAUACCCCUUUGCAGCUUACCAGAUGGAACACCACAUGGACAACGUGGACUACGAUCUGGGUAAACCGGGGCGAAACGGUGCCGCCAACCACGAUAUCGGCCUGUCCGAGGUUCACGUCAACCCGCUAACCGAUAGCCACGAUCACGUGUCUGAACUUGAUGCCAACACCCUGUCCAAAGAGGACGAGGCAAAUGCGAUUGCCAAUGGUACAAACGGCCAUGCUGACACUGCAGCGGAUGUUUAUGUCAACCCGCUUCCCGAAGAGGACAUUAAGUUGUAACCAUCCGUGAUGGCAUUGCUAAGGCAGGAAUGAACAGAAUCAAACUCUCGUGACUUUCAUUUUGUCUCAAGUCAAGCGGACUUUUGUAUCGUUCCAUUAGUCAACCUUUAAUCGCUCGCUAACAGACACCCUGUUUUUAGGGACCCUUUCUCUUAACAAAGUUAUGGACGAGGCUGACCAAAGUUUAUAUAACAUGCGAAGGAUGUACCUAAGCUUAGAGUUGUUUCCUUAAUUACAGUACUACUACCUUCUUUGUUAACAUGAUUUGAAAAAAUGUACCAGAUUUUCAGCACUUUCCUACUCCGGUUCACUCCAGGCUCGAAAAUUUGAAAAAGUGUUGCAAAAUUUGAAAAUCACGUUGGCCGGCAGCCUACGAGAAAGGAGGACGUAUUGGCUUACACCAAAUUCUCCCAAGAUUCCCUAUAGAAAAUGUACGAUAAGGAUGAAGGAGAAUAUUGAAGCUGAUGUACCUUAGAAACCUUCACGGUUGAUGCUUUUGAUAGCAAACCAGUCGUUUACAUGUAUAACGAGUAGCGACCCAGUAGCAGAAGCAAAGCAUAAAAUUGUAACUCGAGAAUUCGAGAAGUGGAGUAUUUAAGCCGCGCUAUUUUAAUUCUUUAUUGAGAAAACGGAGCAUGGCUCACUUAGCUGUUAAUUUAUUUAAUUAAAUUGUAGAUGUGUUUUUUUUUAUGACAAGAGCUGCCAACAAAGUUAGCUUCUAUUGUCUCUCUGAAGAAUUUAAAACCAUUUUUUUUUUAUUUUCCAUCACAUAUUUGAAAAGAUAACAGCAUGAAACAUGUACAAGUAGAAUGCUCCACGGCCAAAAAUGUAACCUUAUGUGGUUCAUUUGCUUUCAAAACUGAGCAGAUGCUGUCGUAAACUGCUCCAGUAAUACAAGGCAAGUAAGAUUGUACAUAAGUUCCUCUUUCCUAUAUAUACCGUAUACAACAGCAAUCGAAUUUUGUCUUUAGUUUAUCUACCCAGUGUUAAACGGUCUAUUGAGAUCUUCGAAUGUACUUUAAAAAGCCGUCAUAGGUCAAACUAGUAUAAUAUAAAAGCUACUUUUUGCGCCUUUUUAAUUGAACAAAUAGUUGAGGAGUCCGUUUUGAAUACGUAUUCAUUCAGGCUGUAACGCAAAUCAAUAAAUACUGUUUACGCUUA